AUGGCUGACCACACCUCCUCCCGCCAGCGGCCUUCGCUAGGUCAAAUGCGCAGCGCCUCGUUCCUACAGGACCAUCAGCAAUAUAAGCCCCCGCUUUCCAUCAACCAGAACAUCGGCGAGGUCCUGGGCACCCAACUUAGCGAGAGCCUCUCGAUCAACCCAAUCAACCCAGACCCCGAACGAGUCCACGACAGCGGUGUAACUCACAGCAUCUUCAACCACCAGACUCACCCCCUCGAAACCGGUACCCCGCGCAUUGUCGCAACCAUCUUCUACAAAUCCUCCAACCCCGUUCACCCCCACUACCACCCCGAUGCCUCGCCCAACCCGGCUCCAGGCAAGAGACUGCCUUCACCACAGGUUCCUGAAGGUUCAGCUCCCACAGAAGACAUGGACAAGUUUCCUCGCGAACCGCCUGCUCCGGAACCGGAGCCGCUGGAUCACAUCUAUGGACCCUACGUCUCGCAGCUGUGCUUGACCAACUUCCUGCAGACGCUCGAGUCACUGCCUACACCAUACCAGCGUAUGAACACUUCACACCGCUGUCUGGACCGGAGCGCCCAUCCCCGCGUUGUCGAGGUCACAUUCUCUCCUCCUCCGGACCCGGAGUACCUCUCUUUUGCGGACCUACGCAAGCACGAGAGUAUCUGGCGCUUUGAGCGCGAGUGGAAUGUCGAGGUUGUUUUGCAGCAAGAAAGCGUCUUCCGCCGACACAAGCGCUUGGCUGUGUUCGACAUGGACAGCACCCUUAUUGAGAACGAGGUGAUCGAUGAGAUUGCCAAGUUCAUUGGAGUAGAGAAGCAGGUUUCUGAAAUUACUGAGCGCGCGAUGAACGGCGAACUGGACUUUGCGGCAUCGCUUAAGGAGCGUGUCGGCCUCCUCAAGGGCGUCCCUGCUGAUGUCUUCGAAAAGCUCAAGUCCGUCAUCACCAUCGCAAAGGGUGCCCGCGAGCUCACUGCCGCAUUGAAGAUGAUGGGAUACAAGAUGGCUGUUCUUAGCGGUGGUUUCCAGCCUCUUGCAGAGUGGUUGGCCGGAGAGCUUGGACUCGACUAUGCGGUCGCCAACCAUCUUGAAAUUGACACCGAAACCCAGACUCUGACCGGCAGACUGGUCGAGUCGAAGCCUAUCAUCGACGCUGCCCAGAAGCGCACUCUUCUCAAAUCUAUCGCUGCCGAGAACAACAUUCCCAUUUCGCAGACACUGGCUGUCGGAGAUGGUGCUAAUGAUCUUCUCAUGCUCCACGAAGCUGGCCUUGGUGUCGCCUGGCGCGCCAAGUCCAAGGUCCAGCUCGAGGCACCAACCCGUAUUAACGGAGAGAGCUUGGUCGAUAUUCUCUACCUGUUUGGUUUGGAAAAAGAUGAUAUUUCCGAGCUUACCAGCAAGGCGCAAUAA